AUGAUAAGACCAACUUGCAUCAUUUAUCCUUGGUCUUUGCCGACGAGUGAUAUAGCACAUUUGACAGAAGUUAUCCAAAAUGAACGCUGUACUGCGUUGCUUGGAGUUCCAACAAUACUCUUCGAUUUAAUGCAAUAUAAACGUCAACAUGAAUGUGAUUUCAAGUCGUUACAGCUAGUAAUACUUAGUGGUGCACCAGUGUCAGCUGCUUUUAUUCAACGAAUAGAGUCAGAACUAGAACCUCCACAUGUGGUGCAGGUUUACGGUCAAACAGAACCGGGUCGGAUUGCAACCACCUCGUUUGUACCCACCGAUCGCCCAACACAGCGUUAUGAAUCAAUGGGCAAAUGUGUUCCUCGACGGGAAAUCAAAAUCAUCGAUGUAAGCUCAAAGCGUAUCGUACCAUUAGGAGAGACCGGCGAGAUCUGCACACGCAGUUUUCAUACAAUGUGUGGUUAUUGGUCAAACGAACAGAAAACUCGUGAAGUAAUUGAUAAUACGCAAUGGAUGCAUACGGGAGACUUGGGAGCUUUAGACGCGGAUGGUUGCCUCUAUUUUCGUGGGCGUGUUAAAGAUAUGAUCAUCCGUGGGGGCAUAAAUAUUUUUGCUUUCGAUAUAGAAACAUGUCUCGAGCAGCAUGAUGCAAUUCAAAAAGCUCAAGUUUUUGGGAUUCCGGAUGAACGUCUCGGCGAAAUUGUAUGUGCUUUUGUAAUCCCUAAGCGAGAGAUUGACGAACAAGAGCUUCGAAUCUUCCUUCAAAAACACCUCGCAUACUUCAAAAUUCCUAAAUACAUUCGACAGAUUGAUGCAUUUCCCGUGACAAUUAAUGGGAAGAUACAAAAAUUUAAACUCUCUGCUAUCAUGGAACAAAUUUUAAGAAACGAAGACAACAUGACUUAG